GUUUUCAGAUUGUAAUGCCUAAUCUCGCGCGACAAGGUCAGCUUUACAUCUAUUUAUAAGAAAAUAUGGAAUGAUUCACUAAAACCCAAAAAGAAAACAACAUACACCCACUCUCACACCAUUGGAAGGGAUCAAGAAAGAAGCCACUACCUUCACUGUACUGCACUGCACUGCUGCUACUUUUUAAUUGUGUUAAACCUACUACUCACGCAUACGCACACACUUACACACACACUACUUAUAAAUGAAUCCUACAGAUCCAUUGUGUGUACAACUAUUAAAAAGUCUUAUUCUAUGCAGUGAAAAAGCUGCUGUUAUUGCACGUUUAAUAAAAAAACAAACUAAUCUAUUUCAAAGUUUAAUUCAAGUGAAAGAUUCAACUGAAGCAAAUUUACGAUUUAGUAUAGAUGUGAAAACACUUGCUGAUGUAUUAAUUCAACAAGUUAUAAAAUAUGAUUUAAGUUUAUUGUUUCCUGGAUUCGGUGAAUCAGUAUUUGGUGAAGAGAAUAAUCGUUUCUCUAGUAAUUCAGGUAAAAGUGUUACAAUUCAACUUACAACAAAAGAGAAUCUUGUCAAUUUAUUAGUCGACGUUUUCGGUAAUAAUGAAGAGUUUGCCAAUGAAUUAAGUGAAAUAUGCUUUCAACCAUUAGAAUGGUUUAAAACACAAUUAUCCGUGUGUAAAAUUUGGGAACAUCUUAUUGAAAGUUGUAACAAAUGCUUCAAUGUACAACAAUUAGAUGAGAAAUUUAAUGAUACGUCUACAUUUGGUGUAUGGAUUGAUCCAAUAGACUCAACAGCUGAUUAUGCUCAAGGUCGAUUUGAUAAAAUUCAGGCAUCCAUUACUCCUGCUACUGCCGCCGCUACUGUUACCACACCAACUACCAGCACUCCUCCAACUUCACCUUCCGCUUCUUCGUCACCACCAUCCCCACCACCACCUCAAUCAUCGCACAUCACAUCAUCAUCAUCACCACCUAUUGCACAAUCUGCUGCAGAUGUAGAACAUUUAAAUCAAAUUAAUCACUUUUUUGAAAAUCCAACAAGUUUAAUACGUUUCUAUCGUGGUGGACUAAUCAAUGUCACUAUCCUCAUAGGAUUAUUUGAUCGAUAUACCGGAGUACCAUUGAUUGGUGUUAUUAAUCAACCAUUUUAUUUAAUUGAUUUAUCAGAAAAUGAAGUUGAUACUUUUCCUAAUUAUGGUCGAAUAUUUUGGGGUAUUCAUAUAAUGAAUUUAGAAACCAAUUCAUUGAUUAUAAAUAGCAGAUCAAAUAAUUGUCGUUCACAUCAUGGCUUAAUCAGUUCAUCACCACCAGGCCAUUCACAGUAUCCAAGACAUCUACGUUUUCCAGACAAUUUUUUCGAUGUUCUCUGUCCAGAUAGAGUGUUCAGUGAAGGCAAACCGAUUUUAAAACUUGCUUGCAGUUCAGUGGAGUUUAGUCGAUUGACUAAUUUAUUUCAUGAUUAUAAAGAUGAAAAUCAAGAAUUGGUCAAUGUUGUCCUACUGUCAUCAUCUGGAGCAGGUUUUAAACAGUUAUGCGUUAUAUUAGAUGAAGUUGAUGCAUUCAUUUUAAUGGAACCGAAUACAUUUGUCUGGGAUACAUGUGGUCCGCAUACAAUAAUUUCUUCAUUAGGCGGUGGUAUUAUCCAAUUGAAAUCAGCUUUAGAAUCAGUUAAAGCAUCAUUACAAGCCAUGCCAAACAAUUUGGAUAGUGUCAGACAAAUAAUACUGAAUAAUCUGUUCAAAUUUCAAAUUACUUAUAAUAAAAUUAUAAAAUCAACGCAAGAGAUUCAGACUGUCAAUUCAUCGAAUCUCUCCAAAUGUUGUAAUCGUCAAGGUCUACUGGUGUAUAGAAAUCCAAUGCUGGCUAGUCAAAUAUUAGUCCAUAUCGCAUUGAAUCAGAAAUAACAAUACGAAUAAGAAGAUGGUGAAGAGGAGGAUGAGGAAGAGAUGGAAUUCAUUCUGAGUAGAAUCUGAACAGAAGAAGAAGAAGAAAAAAGAAACCAAAAGUAUCCUCUGAUCAUGUAACUAACUGUCAACUCUCUACAUAUAACAAUGCCUUCCUUAUUGAAUCUCUCCUCUGCAUAUUAUAUCGGUCAAUUUUUUUUAUUUUCUUUCUACUUCGAAACCAACAACAUUCAGCAUGAUCAAAUAACUAACCAACCAACCAAUCAACCAGGUAACUCAUUCAAAGAUGACAGUGACCUUCCACACCUCCGUCACAUACACACACUAACACACUUGCAAACACACAUCAGUAACAUCAGUAAAUGUUAUCGAUAUUGGAUGAUUGGUAUUCACAAUAAUCCUCUAUUGAUAUUUCAUUUAUUUAUUUAUUUAUUUCAUUGGAAUAAUUCUAGAAAUUUCUCAAUUUUUUUUCCGGGGGUGGUCUCUUCACUUUCAACUAUUUACUUUGUUCAUUUCUUGCACUCUCACUCACUCACUCAGUCAGUCACUAUCACUCCUUCCUUCAACACAUUCCCUUUUAUCAUAUUAACUAUGCUGUUAUACAUAGUAGCCUUCAUUAAUAUGUUGAGUACUCCUGGUUGUCUUAUCUGUACACCUUUAAUUAAAAAAAAAAGAAAGAAAAUGGCAAUUCAAGGUAUAUAUAUUUGUGUCUUUCAUGCAAAUGCAUUUAUCCACUCUCUUUUUUCCAUACUUAGUUGAUAAUUUAUUUUAUAUAUAAAUAUUUAUUGUAUCAUCAGAUAUAUAUUUCCCUAAUUCUAUAAC